AUGGUCGCAACGACGGCGGACCUGGUGGUCAACGGGGGCGCAGCGCAGGCGCUGGACCUGUGCAGGCGUCUGCUGCGUACGGGCAGCAGCGUGCAGUGCGUAGAAAUGGCGCAGCUCGUACUGGAGCGACUGCGCAGCGGGGCCACCGGCGACUCGAGCGACGAUGUGAACGCACUGCUGCGACUGCUGAGCAAUUACGUGACGCCCACGCGCGAGCUGACGGAGGAGAUCCUGUCGUUGCUGCUCUUUUGCGACCAUCGCGUGUUGCUGGUCCAUCAUUUGCCUAAGUUGACCUACCAGUCGAAAGAGUGUGUGAAACUAGUGGUCCAAGCUUAUUUGGAGCUGCUGGCGACGGACCGGUCCUUGUUGGUGCCGGUGCUUGGAUCUCUGGCAGAGAUGCCAUUGGACAGUGGCGAGAAGAAUACGGUAGUCGAGGCGACGCAGUCGCUGCUAGAAGCGGCAGAAGAGAGCGAUAUCCCUGCAGUGGUGCAGAGUUUGCUGUCCAUGGUGACGAAAUCGUCGGCCUCAAAGGCGCUUGGUCGACUUCGGGCCGAGUGCAACCGCAUCCAGUCAGGCACAUUGUCCCUUACGAUGGAAGUUAUUGGACGGUUCGCAAGUGCUGGGUCGGUGGCGCUAACGGCAUUGUUCCGCCUGAUCCGACAUGUCGAGCCGCUGACAACGUUUGACAUUCUCGCGCUGACUCUUGUGAUGGGCAAGUCGGCCGAAAACGAGUCAGCUGUACGAACGACAACGUCUGUUGCUCAAAGAGGCCAUUUGCACGGCCGAUUGAUGCGCGAAGUCGCUCUGAUGCUUGUGAGGCCAGAAUGGGCCUAUCUGCUCCCUUCCUUCGUCCAGUUUUGCAGCUGUCUUCUCGCAACUUGUUUCCGCGCUUCUACUCGCGCCACACUUGCUUCAAAUCUGAUAAGCAGCUCUGUCGACUCUUUGAUCGUUCUCAUCGAGACCGCCAGUGUUGUGCAUGAAGAGGCGUUGAUUCUUUUGCUGAAAAUCGUAAGCCAGCCAAAGAAGUUGUUGCUACUCGCGAACACUGAUUCAGUGCUGCGUGCUCGAAGCGACGUCUGCUGGAAUGUGGCAGAAGCAAUCGCGCUGCGAUUCUCAGAACUUGCGCGGAGGAAUGCUGGUGCACUAGCAUCGUCGUCUCACUUAUUCCUUGACCACCUCCAUGGAAUCGCUUCUGCUACGACGAUUGCCGAAAGGUACCCACCGCACAUCCUCGACCUGCUUUGUUCGACCAUGGCGUUAUUGACGAAGAAGGAGCGGGGCAUUUAUUCGCUGCUGAUGAUCACUAUACAAAAACAACUCGUGACGCGUGUAGGAGCUUUCGGCUUGCCUCACGACCAGCAGUCGUUGAGACUUCAGAGCAGUCGAUCUCUGCAAAGUCGUGCCAGUGCUGUGGAGGUAAAGCAGCUGAUGGCUGUCUUACUUGCUGGACAUCUCCUCAAGAACCAAGUUGUUGUAGAGUCUCGCGACCGUAAAACGCUAGCAAACUGGAUGUUGCGUCUCUUGGCUUCCGCGAAUCGUGACGAGACGCUGCUACAUGUGAUGGAAUUCGUGCGAGAGGAAAUGCAUCGAUCACGUGCAGUCUCAUCAGCCUUGGCACAGGAGCGGACACUCCUGACUUCAGCUAUCUUUCAAGUGUUUGGAAAGAAAGGGUUCUGCUGGAUACCGCGCGACCAGGUGCUUCAGCGAAUGGAGGGGGACGACAGCGUUGUGAUUGCAUUCGAUGACGUUACGAGUAAUGUCGCAAUGGGUUGCAAACGAUCGGCGUCUCCUUUAGUUGCGGAUGCUACAGAGUUUGUGCUCAAGCUCCGCUUUGGUGUGCUAUCGUUUUCAUUCGGUAACAUGAACCACCGUGAGCGGGCGGUACACCAUACACUUUUAGCACGAGAGUACCUGACGAAACUUUGCCUUUUCCGGGAACUGUUUCACUGCUACAUGGGCUUCGCAACCCCAAUCGAGCAAAUGGAAAUCAUGGAUGCUGCGUGCUUGCUUCCUUCCGCUUACGACCAGGCUAUAAGUGCUGAAGCAUGUGGGUCGAUUGAGCCGAUCGUUUUGAACACUGUAAUCUGGAAUCUAGUGUGUGCACUGGAUGUUGCAGUCGCCUCAACUAAUUUUGCUGCCAAGCUAUACGCGUCAACAGCGAACAGCUCGUCAUUGCAACACGGUCGCAAGGAUCAAUAUGCACGGAUGGCAGCUAGGUUGCACAUCUGCUUGAGGCAGCAAGACCACCUUGCACAGAUACUAUCUCGUCAAAAGGUAAACAUCUCGGCUUGCUUGGAGAGCAUCAUCGACGACACAGUGAGUUCUCAGCGUGCCAAGACACAAAAGGAUGAGCUGGAGUGGCUGCUGCUAGAAACUUCAGUUGCUGAACAGUUCCUCAACGGUGAGCUUCGUCGCAUACGAAAGGAGCCUCCCCGCGGCUCGCUGUCUGGCCUCGACUUUCGUGUGAUCUGUUUGGUCUUCGAAGCCCAGCUCAACCGUCCGCUGGAUACGACGACACUGUCGCUGUUUGACGAACUGGAGCUGUUGCAAGUGUUUAGUCAGCACUUGCAGAACAAUGCUAUGCCUUCUUCAGGCUUCGACGGCGCGUCGGGUAGUGGUGGGAACCUGAAGUUGCUUGCGUCAACGAGAGAAGGCUGCUGCACAGUGAAGUGGCUGUGCCAUCGCGCAGCAGAGCUGAGCCAGCGGAUCAGCAACGCUGACUAUGAUGACAUGAAAUGGUCUGCAGACGAAAAUUGUGAGGCUGUGUCAGCAGAAGAUGUGGCUGCAAGUGCACGAACGAGAAAGUCAAUGGCUUACAGUCUCGCGUACAUCUACGAUUCGUUUAUCCUGAUCUUGGAAGAGUGCCGCGUCGCAAAGGCGGCGAGAGACUCGACGUGGGCCGAAACGAUGAUGAAGCUGCUUGCUGCUGGCGCAAGCCCUGGCGACGAUUUGUCUCGUGUCGACAGUCCGUUCGGGUACAACGAAGUAGUCUUCCGCUUCCUGGCGCGACAGUGCCUCGAGUUGACGGACCCUACGUUAGCUUCGUUGGUCACCGAUGCCCUCAUCUCGCUCGUGCUGGACACGAAGAAGCGCCCUCUCGUGAGCCAACUGUGCCUCGCGCUGCUGCACCAAACAUAUCCCGCAGCGCCUGCUGUGUACCAGUUGGACGCACAUGCUGGAAAGUUUCUCAGAGAUUUGCCACUGAGGUCGUUGCCCAAAGCUGUGGUCUCUCCGGUCAGUGGCCACGUGUGUUCGCUAGCAAAGUACCGGUGCGCGUCGAUGAAGUGGCGUCACGUGGCGUAUCUGGUAGUUGGCUCCUGGGCAUUCACGGCUGAUGCCGCCGCAGGAUCACUUCUGUUGGCUCAAUUUCUCGAGGAAAUGCGCGUGCUGAUUGACGCCGCUGCAUCCGACAAUGGCGAACAGAAUGGCACGAAGCGGACUGCAAAUACGGAUGACAGCGACGCCGAGUCGGACGAGAAUGAUGUUGGCCCAGUACGCGAUAGAGACGAGUUUGCUGUGGUGGCAAAUGGGGAGCACAUUGUGCUGAAGAGCCUGACAAACGAGUCGUUGCCAUUUUUCAUUGAGGCAGUUUUGCUCUGUGCGAUCGCUUCAUUGCAUCGUGCGAUACCGAAGAAGUCGAGUGCACAAGCUCUCGCAGAUGCCAAUCCCUUCACGGACUACUGCAGUGCAAUGAAUGUGUUUGGAAGUGCUUUGGGGGUGUUCGCUCAAGCUGAAGCGUGCGGUUUCAACUUGCCAUUGAAGACGAACCUGCUCGUGCUGCGGGGAGGGGCCUUCGCCACGCGGAGUGUCCGAUCGAUUUUGACGAAGUGCAUCGCCUGGCGCAUUGAUCAAAGUGUGAGCGACUGCACGGGCGCGUUGGAGCAUUUGGGCGUUCUAUUCGGCGCUGCUCGUGCCAUGUCGGUAGCGAUGGAGAGGGUGACACACACGUUCCAGGAGCGUGUCGUUCUCAAGAUGCAACGAAAUGGGAGAAGAGGCGGGUGGUCCAACGAGCUACUGGCAAAGGCUUAUGGCAAGAGAUACAACACGCGCCGAUUGAUUUCCAAACCCGAGGCGAAGUUGGUUCCGUUCUUCGCUCACGGCAUCCAGGAGCUUCAAGACUUUCUGCAGGAUCAAAGCAACGUGAACAACAUCGACUUGGAAGCGGCAAGAGCUCAGUGGGAGUCAGCGAAAAACGUCUCUGGCGACAGCGAGCAUCGUGACGCAAUGCUGAGUGACGAGAAGCUCGUUUGCGCGUGUCGGACUCUCCAGGCUGAGGAGUUUACAGCUGCGCUGCUGAAAGAUUGGCGCCCUGCCGUUUCAGCUGAAUCGGACGACGAUGAGGUUGACGAGGACGAGGACGAGGAGUUGGCUGGCAGUCAAGAAGUGGAUGACGAAUCGCUGUCUGAGGACGCAGACGAUGGCUUUGUUGUGAGGUCCGAUGUGACAACGGCAACAAACCGAACAGCACUGUUAAGCGAGCACAAGAAGCUGGCGGUCGGGCUCCAAGAGAACGGCGACCUCGGCUUUCCAACCAUUGUUGUCAACUUCAAAAAACAAAAGAAGACGCACAAGUGA